UCGUCCGAACCUCUCUCUAUCUUGCACUAUCCUCCAAGACCGGGGCCAGCCGGGUCCCUUUUGGAGAAGCUCCAGUGGCCAUCUUUUUCUUUUCUUUUCUCUUUGCAUCACUUUCUUUCAUUUUUCAACCCUUCAUAUCCUCCGCUUCUCUAAGGUCUCUUCUUGCCUCGCUACUGCGGAUAGUUUGACGGCAAGAAGAGCUGCGAACAUCGACGUGCAGUUCGUGGGUAUGCUGGACUUGGCGCCCUCCGCUUGCGAUGACCUGGGAGGCUGAGCAGUCAAUCAGCAAACCAUCGGCCCUGACUGCUUUCAUCACCUGCUCGAUCUUCUCAUCAUGAACUCUUCGAACCCGAGCGCGGGCAAGUCCCUUCAGGUCCAGUCAAAUUAUCCUCCAGCCGCUCAAGCAGCACCGGCACUACCGAGUUUCGAAACGUCCCGCCGCGCGAAUCCGGCCGCCGGAGGCUCUCUGCCGCAGCCCACGCCCCGAAAGGGACAGAGCUCUCGGAACCAACACCGGCCUCAGCGCCGGCAUCACAUAGGGGAGAGAUUGGUCGACGAGUACGACGCCAUGGCAGAGCUUCGAGCGCUCAGAAACCCGACCAGUCGGCGUGGACAGACAUCCAUUACGCAUCUUUUGAAUUACUCAGCACCGUUGCAUCAUCAUCAUCAUGACCACGGCCAUCACCACCACUCGAACCCUAGGUCAUAUCGGCGAAAUCCAACCUGGGGUCCGGGCUCGGGAUACCAUGCUGUUGAUAAAUCUAGAUACGUCCACGCCAACUACCGCUUCGUCGUCUCUCCGGAGGGAGACUACUCCAAGAACGCAGCCGAUGCAGACCUUUUCUUGGAUUGGUCCAAUGUCCUGCAGGUGAUUGCUUCAUCUGAGUCACAGGCGGCCUCAUGCCCUAUCUGUUUGUCGGAACCAGUGGCCCCCCGAAUGGCUAAAUGUGGGCAUAUAUUUUGCCUUCCAUGCUUGCUUCGCUUCAUGAACUCGGUCCUAAACGAUGAAGAGGCAAAACCGGGGAAGGGUGCCAAAUGGAGAAAAUGCCCCAUCUGCGAAGAUAGCAUCUAUCUUCCUGAAGUGCGACCAGUGCGGUUUUACGCCGGCCAAGAGAGUCCCCUUCCCCGAGUAGGGGAUGAUGUCGUCUUGAGGCUUAUGGCAAGGAACGCCGACUCUACGCUGGCUCUCCCCCGAGAAAGUGGAGCGGAAGUGCUCAGCUCAGGUGAUAGCAUCCCGUGGCAUUUCGCUGCCAACGUCCUGGACUAUGCUCGUGUCAUGAAGGGCACAGGCGACUAUAUGGCCGGCCAGUAUGAUGAGGAAAUCGAGACGAUGCUACAACAAGCCAUGGAAGACGAAGCGCUGUUCGGGCAGGACAAUGAAUGGACUCAAAAAGCCGUCAAAGCUGUCAAUGCGGCGAAAGAAAAGAUUGCGUCCCUUGGUGGGGCCGACGGAUCCAAUACAGCAUCGCUCUCUAAUCCGGCGAGACAGUCAUCUGAUGCCGACUUUUACUUUUACAGCGCCUUGCCUCACCUAUAUCUUUCUCCUCUAGAUAUUCGGAUUUUGAAAACCACAUAUGGGUCCUUUGCAGCGUUUCCUUCUACAUUGCUACCUAGAGUUGAACACAUCUCGACUGGCCAUGUCGUCGAUGAUGCAUCACGGAAACGGGCAAAGUAUCUGGGGCAUCUUCCUUAUGGCUGCGUCAUUAGCUUUUUGGAAUGCGACUGGACAGAUAUUGUACCUGCUGAAACGCUAGAGUCAUUCAUGCCAGAUAUUGAGAAAAGGCGGAAUCGCAACCGUGAUAAGGCUGCACAAGAAGAGCGAGAACGCCUUCAGUCCGAGAGGAUAGAGGCUGCUGCCCUUCGAAGCCUUACCGGGUCCCGACGGCCGCAUUCUCCGCCUGUUGAACCUGAUUCGCCUCCAUUCAUGGACAUGUCGGAGUUUCAGCCUUUAGCGGCACCAUCUGGUACGACACCACCAGAACCAAGAGCAGGGUUCUCUACCUUGGCUUCGAUGUCAACCAGCCCCUCGACGCAGAGGACGGUCUGGGGUACUCCCGCACUCUCGACGACUCCUGGGAUGGAAGACAUUCACCCACCCACCAAUACUGACGAUGGGUGGCUUAAAGAUGAAGAUUUAUUCCUCAGCCCAGCCGAGCUUGCUAGGCAAAUGGAAGCCUUGAACACCCUCGAUAAGGACGAGAAUGGACAAAGCAGCAGUUCUCGAGGCGGCGGUGGUGGAGGCGGCGGCGGCGGCGGCGGAGGCGGUAAAAAGAAGAAGAAGCAGAAGAUUACGCUCAUGAGCACUGGCGGGCGGCGUGGCAUCUAGGGGAAUCGAUACAGUCGAUAUCAAAGAUGAUUUUUUUAACCUUUUCACGGGAUCUCAUGUUUAAGCUAGGCCGGAAUUACCUGGAGCUCGAUGGCAAGUAACGCGAUUUUAGUUAUUUAUAUAUAAUCACCUAAGGUGCCCACCAAUAUAGGUAUUAUGGCCUAUUGAGUGGUCUUGCAACGAAGAAGCAGCGGCGAUGAUUCACAACGAGAUUCAGUUGUUAGCACGACCAUUGCAAGGCCCCUCAUUCUCUAUGCUAGAUGGCGUAGCAUAAUACAAGCGUUGUUUUCAAAUAAAUCACCAUUUAAAC